AUGGAUUCAGGAAAUAGUGGUAGUAUGCAAUCUUCAAGCUGCGGUGAUGAAAUUGAAGAGUAUGAUUCACGCGCUGAAUCAUCAAAUUUUUCUGCGUUUUUGAACAAUCCACCACCAACAACUGCAGCACCAGGAGAAAGAAACAAUCAUGUUAUAAGCCAGUUUGGUAAUAACAACAACAAUCUAAUUAACCCACAAACACAAAACCAUCAUCAUCAUAACCAAAUGUUCGAUCCAUUACCCAAUUAUUAUAUGGAGUCAUUACAGAAACAAUCAUCAAACCCAAACUCGUUUCUAAACCUUGAUAUGAUUUGGUCUAAAGCUACAGCUAGAUCUGAACCAAACAACACCGAUCUUAGCACCUUGUUAGUACCUUCAUCUUCUUCAUCAUCGUCUUCUCUUCAGAAUCAUCAAGCUUUCUUAUUGAGUCAAUUCCUUGGUCAAACCAGAGAAAACGUUGCUUCUGUUCCCACCACACACCAACAACACCAAUACCAUCAACAACAACAACACCAUUCUCUACCACUGGAAAGUACUUCACGUGGAGGAUCACUCGCCAAUGAUCAUCAAGAUCUUAUUAACAGCAGCAACAACAACAACGUCGGUAGAAAUCCGAAGAAAAGAUCAAGAGCUUCAAGGCGUGCACCAACCACAGUUCUCACUACUGAUACUACAAAUUUCAGAGCCAUGGUUCAGGAAUUCACCGGUAUACCAGCGCCACCGUUUCCUUCACCUUUUCCAAGAACAAGGCUGGAUCUUUUCGGUUCUUCUGUUGCUUCAAGAUCUAUGUCAAAUCACAUGGACCCUCCUCCACCGCCACCACCUCCUUAUCUUCUUCGUCCUUUCGCUCAAAAAAUCCAACCCUUUUCUCCAUUGAUCCAAUCUUCUUCUUCCAUAAUGGAAAAUUUAGCAUCUAAUAACCCAACUAAUUCAGCUUCCAUUAACUACCAUUUAUCACAGCAGAAUAAUCAUCCUCUCAUGCAACACAACCAGAUUCUCGGUUUUCAAUCAAUUUCUCAAACACCAACAAAAUAUCCACAUGGGACCCAACAACCCUCCUUGGAAACCACGCCAAAUGUUGACUCAAGAAUGAAAAUAGGUACUGUUUUUGACGAACUAGGUUUGAGUCAUGCUCAAGCCCAUGUUAACAACAGCAACAACAACAACGUUAACAUUGGUAUUCUUCACAACAACAUGGUUACUACAACAACAACAACAUCAUCAGACGCAGUCAACAACAGCAACGAGAAUCAGUGGAGUCAGAGAACCAUUGCCGGUGUUGAAAAAGGACAAGAAUGCGUUGUCGUGAGUACAAGAGGUGAAGCAACAGUGGAAUCAUGGAUUAAUUGUUCUUCUUCAGAUUGA